GUCCUUCUUGUGGCUUUAGCUGUGGACUUUGGAAGUGACAGCUGAAGUACUUCAAGAUGAUGGAGUUGCAGAGGGUGGUGAGUCUCAGAGCACAGAUGAUAAUGAUGGCUCCAAAAUUAUGGCGGGGCAUGCGUAUGUCCCAGAUGCCCAGACCGAGAGCAGUACAACUGACACUGGAGUAGAGAGUGAGGUUGAGGGGGUUGAACAGGAAGACCUUCCGAGUCAACCUCCUCCACCAGAGGAGCGUCAUAAAGAAGUUCCGGUGGCGAUUGGUGGAACAGCCUCUGGAGAGCCCUGCAUCUUUCCUUUUCUUUUCCAAGAGAAAGAGUAUUCGGAGUGCACUACUGAAGGCAGAGGAGAUGGGAGGCUGUGGUGUGCCACAACAUACAACUACAACACUGAUAAGAAAUGGGGCUUCUGUGAAACGGAAGAGCAAGCAGAGCAGAGGCGGUUGGUGGAAGAGGCUGAAGAACAGUACCAGGAUGCAAUAAAGAUGAUUAACAGCACCAACAGAAGGAGCCAGAAGAACGAGUUAUAUGACAGACUCCUGAAAGUUGCAGAGAUGGGUCAUGCCAAGGCCAUGGAGAAGGUGGCAUAUGCCAUGCUGUUUGGAGACUACUUACCCCAGAGCAUUCCUCAGGCAAAGGAGAUCUUUGAGAAACUGGCACUGGAGGGCUCCCCUAAAGCCCAGACUGCACUUGGUUUCCUAUAUGCUGCAGGAUUAGGGGUGAACUCAAGUCAAGCAAAGGCAUUGGUGUACUACACUUUUGGAGCUUUGGGUGGAAACCUAGUAGCUCAUAUGAUUCUGGGCUACAGAUAUUGGGGAGGUGUUGGGGUUCCUCAGAGCUGUGAAUCUGCUCUCACUCACUACAGACUAGUGGCCAAUCAUGUGGCCAGCGAUGUAUCCCUGACAGGGGGCAGUGCAGUACAGCGGAUCCGGCUCUUAGAUGAAGUGGAAAGUCCUGGUUCUAGCAGUGGAAUGCUAGAGGAGGAUUUAAUCCAGUACUACCAGUUCUUGGCUGAGAAAGGAGAUGUGCAGGCACAGGUGGGCCUGGGCCAGUUACACUUACAUGGAGGACGAGGUGUGGAACAGAAUCAUCAGCGAGCAUAUGAGUACUUCAACCAAGCAGCAAAUGCAGGGAACACGCAUGCAAUGGCCUUCCUUGGAAAGAUGUACUCUGAAGGCAGUGAGUAUGUGGCUCAGAACAAUGACACGGCCCUGCAUUAUUUCAAAAAGGCUGCAGAUUUGGGAAAUCCGGUUGGCCAGAGUGGCCUCGGUAUGGCUUACCUGUAUGGAAGGGGUGUUCCUGUGAACUAUGACCUGGCACUGAAGUAUUUUCAGAAGGCUGCAGAGCAAGGCUGGGUGGACGGACAGUUGCAGCUGGGAACCAUGUACUACAAUGGAAUCGGGGUGAAGCGUGAUUAUAAGCAGGCUCUUAAAUUCUUUAACCUGGCAUCUCAAGCGGGUCACAUCCUAGCCUUCUACAAUCUAGCUCAGAUGCAUGCCACGGGGACUGGGGUCAUGCGCUCCUGCCACACUGCAGUGGAGCUCUUCAAGAACGUGUGUGAGCGCGGCCGCUGGUCUGAGAGACUCAUGGCAGCAUACGGAAGCUUUAAGGAGGGCGACAUGGACUCUGCUCUAGUACAGUAUCUACUGCUGUCCGAACAGGGCUACGAGGUCGCCCAGAGCAAUGUGGCCUUCAUCCUUGAUCAAAAGGGAUCACAGAUUUUCAAUGAGAAUGAAACGUACCCACGGGCUUUGCUCCACUGGACCAGAGCAGCUGCUCAAGGUUAGACUGUUCUCUUCAACCCACUCAGUCACUCUAGCAAAAUGCCUAAGUGCUUUGAUGACCUUA